AUGCAACUUGAUGAUCAUAAUGGCAACCAUUAUUACAUUCUUGGUGUUUAUUUGCCAUCUGAGAACAAUAUUGAUACAUAUAAACAAGAGCUUGAUAUUCUUGAAAAUCUGUACAGCUACUAUUCCAACUAUGGUAAGGUUAUCAUUGCAGGUGAUCUCAACGGCAGCUUGAUUGAUACAUGUAACACAAACCCUAUCAAAGCUCUUUUAUUAUCAGACUUUGUCUCAAGAUGUAAUUUAUGUAUCCAAAACAGAGACUUUGUUAUUGAGGGUGAACAUUUUUCCUUCAUCCAAAAGAGAACUACUCUCGAUUACAUUUUGUUUGAAAAGCAUGUUCUUAAAUGGAUAAAAAGUUACAGAAUUCUUGAAGAAGGGUCUAUUUCCAUUACAUCAGACCAUUUACCAGUCAAAGCGACUUUUAAUUUCGAAAUUCGAAGACACUCUUUAAGAAAUUCUCAAUCAAAAUUACCCGCAUGGCAUAAGGCUACCCCUGAAUCUGUUGUAGAAUAUAGAAAUCUUGUUCAGGACAACUUGCGACACUUAUUUAAUACUAUACUCAAAGACGACAAAGACAUUGAUGAUUUCGCUAAUGAACUCUCGUUAAUACUGUUAUCUUGUGCUGAAUCGUCUAUUCCAUUCUCGUCGUAUAAUCCCUAUACACGCCCAGAUUGGACAAAAUCUGUCAAACAUCUGCACACGAUAGAGCGAACCAAGCGAAGAAUCUGGAUUUCUGAGGGAAGACCUCGAGGUAUGCAGUUCUCUUCCUAUCGUGAAUAUAAGCGAGCAAAGCGUCAAUUUCGUAAUGCUCUUGACACAGAACACGAGAAUUAUAUGCGCAAGGUAUAUAGUGAUAUCGAUCAAGCUGCUGAAGUUGAUGUUCGGCUGUUCUGGAAGUUGACUAAACGCAGGAGGCCUAGAUCAUCACGAGUAUAUCCUGAGAUCUGCGAUGAAGAUGGAGUGAUUCACACGGAUCCACAUGGCGUAGCGGAAACAUUUGCUACAUUUUACAAGAAACUUUACACUCCACUGGAUGAAGAUAAUUUUGACAACGAAUUUCAAAUGAAAAUCGAGGAGAAGUUCCAACAUUUAAAAAACGAAAGUGAGCUAGACUUCGGUUAUAUACCAGGAGGCAAGAUCACAUUAAAAGAAACAAUCACCGCUAUCGACACCUUAAAACUACGAAAAGCACCUGGAGAUGACUUGUUGACAAAUGAACACAUAAUACAUGGUGUUAAUUUUUCUAGCGCACAUGUUUGCAAAGAGACAUGGACAGAAAAGGAAAAGUACAAAAGGAAAUGUUCGUUUUGGUCAUGGGGCCGGUGUACAACUUACAGAACUGCACAUAAAGAAAAGCUGCAUUGCUGUACUGGGUACAAAAAUGAAUUAGAUGACGUAACGGCUUGCAAAUACGCAAUCUGUGACGGUCUGACAGACUACACUGGUCUGGCCUGUACCCAACGUUACUCUGAUGACAAAAUUCUGAAGCGUAGUGGUGCAGUGGUGCGUGACAGCGGAGGAUCGUGCUCCUCCCCAGACAGAUGUACAAACUGUAACGAUGGAUUUUAUGGCGACGGCCCCAAGUGUAAAAUCUGCCCCAAAAUUGACCACUGUAACCACCGUAGAUGUACAGGCCCAGGGGACAACAUAUGUGUGUAUUGUGAUGGGGAGGUGGCUGAGAGAGACUACUACAGGGCCUACACUCCCGUCCCUAGCAGUAAAAAGAAAUGUGAACAGGCUUGUUCGUGGAGGUCAGACAGCACCAGAUGUUUCCCCGGGACCUGUACGGAUGGACUGGCCUCAAAAUGCAAAUGUUCUCCAGGUUUCUCAGGCCACCACUGUGAAAAAUUGGAUACAGAGGCGUCGAUUAUGGAGAAUGAGUGCAAGCUAGAAGAUCCAACUGGGACAAUCUUAGCAAACCCUGCAAAUCUGAAUGAGGGUCCACCCCAGCCGAUAAGGUGGACCAAUAACGUUAUUUGGAAUAAGGCAGUGACAAAGUGGGAUGCCCUGUUAAAACUGCCUGGCUCACCCCCUGACCUCACUGGGUUGGAUCAUUACAUAACGGACUACAGAUUCGGAAUUAAGUUUGCAACUACUGUUUUACGACAAGUCAGAGGAGGAACUAAAGUUGCAGAACUUAUCCAUAACUGUGAGGGUGUUUCAGAGAGAGCCCCUAAAGUAACAGCUUUCUCCUGCAAGAAAACUUUCGAUAACCUCAGGAGCUCACUGGCAGGCUUUAAACAUGACGAUCAAGUGUUCUUCUAUCUUCAAGCCACGACUGGUGGAUAUGUAAAAUUGAAAAACAGAGAGAACAACAAUAAAAUAGAGUAUCAUUCCCUAGUGGGAAAGACCACAGGACGUGAAUUUGAGUACCACUGGGACUUAGAGAAACCAUACCAUAACCUGGUUUCUGGUUUAGAUGAUCCGCCAUUUCUUAGUGUGCCAGAUUUGACAGAAAAUCCAACAAUAAACAUGGUGUGGGGAGGUUGGGCAGAUGCACUGUCGGGAUUGGAGAAAUACCAGUACGAGGUACAUGAAUUGGGACACGACGGCAACCUGUUGGGAGAGCAGCAAGGGAAACUCAUCAAAAGUCCGGAGGAUUUAAAUCUUACGGCAGCUGGGGAGUCUUUUGAAUUACCAAUACCAGGAAUGUACGCAAUUCAUUUCUCAGCUUAUGACAAAGCAGGGAACCACAAGACCGGCAGAAAAGUCUUACUUUAUGAUAACAAAUCUGAAGUCACCGCCAACCCAACAAAGGUCACACGGGUCAUAACAGCUUCCCAAGAAACCAAUUAUGUAUGGGUCACCAAGGAUACCAGAUAUGUGGAUGUACUGUGGAAAGACAGAUUCCGUAAUUAUCGUCAUGAAACCAAUCGGUGGCUAAACAAAGUGGAUUCAGCUUAUGGCAUUGAGUCAAAAUAUGAUGAUCAUUACGGAGAUCGACAAGUGGCUAAGAUUCCUAAUGUACAUGCAUGUGUAGAUUACAAAGUGUGGUAUAAAGUCACCGAUGCAACUAGCAUUGUCGAUAACCAGGACUUCACCUCAGUGUCCGCAAUCUCAAAGCAAGGAGACCAGCUCAAUCUACCAUGGACAGAUGGCAACAAACUGGAGGUUACAGUUCGUGCCAUUGACGUGUUGGGCAAAUAUUUGGAUGAGUCUGUCACCGUGUACAGAGAUGCCACACCCCCUCAAAUUGAAGAUCUUUGGUUGACAAGAGGAGAUCGACUGAAUGUCAGUGUUCACAGAAUUGAAGAUUUCACAAAAAUGACGGUGGAGUGGAUUGCAUACGACUUUCACAGCGGUCUGGACAGCAUCGCCUGGAGAUUGUUUGAUAACUUCACAGGAACCGACAUCCUGCAUGGGCACGAGGACAUCCCGGCCCAAGGAAUGGCUAAUGACACAGCAGAGUGUGAAUCAAGAUACGGAAGUUAUGCCAGGGGAGCUAACUGCUAUGAGACUCCUUUCUGGGGAGCCUAUCACAAGCAUUUCCAAGUGAUACCUGCCAUAAAGGCGGAUGGAGGGUUAAAGGUUGGAAAGGACAAAGGACUGCAUGAUUCUGAUUAUUAUUUGGAGGUGACAGCAGUUAAUAAAGCCAAACUGACUACAAUUUUGUCUAAAAAGAUAACAAUAGACACAUCCCCUCCCCACACCGGCGUGGUAGAGGACGGGGUUCCAGGAGUGGAUGAGGUGGACUACCAGCAGAGUAAAACACUGAACGCCCACUGGGAGGGAUUCUUUGACAGGGAGAGUGGGGUGCUUUUUUAUCAGUAUGGAUACGCCACAAAGCCUAUUGCCGCUUCAGCGUUUACACUGGAAGCCAGUGGCAAUGGGAAUAUUUUUGAGACGUAUUCUCUGCAUGCUACCCACACAGUCACCACAGAGGGACAAUAUUACAUUUGUGUAGUAGCGUAUAACCGUGCCUUAGAGCCCUCAGAGCCAGUGUGUUCUGAUGGAGUGACAGUUACUACAACAAAGCCCUCUGUACAGGAAGUGAAUAUAGAGGGAGCUUCAAUCACCGGGGGCUUGGUGACAGACAGCACAAAGACCAACUUCUGGAUCGUUACCAGUAACAGAUUUCGCCGACUGAUAACAGAUCCCACAUCUGACUGCACAUCGAAAGCUACAAUUUUGUCUGACCUUGACCUUCUCCCAGCUGAGCAUGAUGACAAUGGAACCUUUGUGACAGUAAAUGGCAGUGUAUUUUGUGCUAAUUCAACAGGGGCCCCUGCAAAUCUUAGUCCUAUGUUGUCUAAGUCAUCAAUGUUGUUUCUGAGCUGGUUACCAGUUGAUAAUCCUGGUAGUGUAUACGACUAUGAAGUUGGAUUCUCCUCGACAAAGGGAAGCCCCGCCCCUGAAAUCAUGGCGUUCAGAAGCACGAAACAACAUCCACAUCUCCAUGUUUUCCACACCGAUAUACCAGAUGGAGCGGAGUUUUAUCUUAUCAUCAAGACCAUCAGCAAAGCGAAUGUGGAGGCGAUACAGUCCAUUGGUCCAUGCUUCAUGGAUACCACACCCCCACAGUUUACAGGACCAAUCAGUGUCACUCAUACAAAUGGAUUUCUCAUUGCAACAUGGGCAGCUGAUGCUUUUACUGAUGGACAAGAACCAUACAAGCUAGACCUGCAGUUUGCUAUAGGGCGCUCACCAAGAUACACAGAUGUACAGCCCUACAUCCCACUACAAAGUGGUGGAACUUGUGUAGUGGGCAAUCCACCAACCUGCACAGCCAUUCAUAUCUCAAACACGGUGUGGCGACUACACGGCCACCAAACUUACUACGUAACAAUCAAAGCAGACAACUCCGCUGGUCUAACGACGUAUGCUGUAUCAGACCCUUAUACCCACGAUGUACAACUGGCUGCUGAGGGUGUUGUGUUCGACAUUUAUGCAUCUAGUUUGAGUCAAACACCAUUUGCUGAUAUAGAAGAUGUAGAUUUCACCACUAUAAGAAACAGUCUGACAGCCCAUUGGGAAGGGUUCUCUCACCCACAUCUGAAUGUAACUUACAAGUUCCAGGCAGGUACCACCCCUGGUGGUGUAGAUGUGGUAUCUUCUAUUGAUGUAGGAGCAGUCGAUUCUUAUUCCGCAACUGGACUCAGUCUACGGACUUUCACGACUUAUUACGUGACAGUGACGGCUGUGACCUUGGCAGGCAGUGUGACUGUGACCUCUGAUGGGGUUACGGUGGUUCAGGAAGCUACUUCUUUACCGGGAAUUGUCAUCAAUGACGGAGACCCGUGUAACAUGACAGUUGAUAAUGGAACUUUAUUCAAACAUCAUUUCGAGGACAAUCGAAAGAGAUGUGAAGAAGACAUUGACUAUCAGGCGUCCACUAACUCUCUGAAGGCUUACUGGGAGAUUCCGGGAAGCAUGACACUUUAUACACCAGAUGCCCAUUUUGCUGUAGAAGAAAUGUCACCUGUUGGAACUAUUUGGAGCACUUUCAGGGAAUAUGAACAUAUUCGCAAGCAUCAUGAAGCCACUGUGACAAAUUUGGACUUAAAGCCUGGGAGGACUUACAGAAUGGCUGUCAAACUUUGUGCCAUAACGACAUGUUACGAACCUCUGUUCAGCGAUGGUGUGAUGAUAUUGGCCAAUCCUCCUGCUAAGGGGAAGAUAACUGUGGAACACCAAAAUACCACACAAAGUGCAGGGCUAAAGGAAAAGAUGAUUGUCAAUAUGGAUAGAUUUUAUGACCCAGAUACAGAGGAUGAAGUUGACAAGUAUGGUGUUAUUGAUAAGUAUGAAUGGGCCAUUACUGACAACUCACACACAGGGCGGACGCAGACCAUCUGGACUGAAGUUAAAGGGAUCACUCUGACCCAGUCAGGAAAGGGGAUGCAAUUUGAAGUUGAGCUGAUGGGUGAGUUUGACUUCUCUAAGUGCCGUAGAUUUGCGGUCCGUGGAUACAACAAGGCCAAGCUGAUGUCCGCUGUGUCAGUGGACGUUAAAAACUGUGAAGCAUUUGAUCCUAUAUUGAUUAAACCCAAACACGUAUUGGAUGCCGUGGGAAAACCGGAAACAGAUAGAGAUGGAUAUGGAUUACCAGUGUUCCUUGAAAAAAAUGCCCGCUGGCCAACUCCCGAUAAAGACUACACUCCAAACAUGAAUUACCUCUCUGCAGUGUGGCCACAGCUCCGAUACAAUGCCUAUGUGGUGGCAGUUCUGAAUGCCAAAUCUAUGGACGCCACCACAUAUUAUAAGCAGAUUAGUACACUGUCUCUGCCGGAUCCUUGUAAUCACACCGAGGCUAUCAAAUGUACCAGAGUAGAAAAGAAAGAAUUUGUGAAUUUUAAAUUCAACCCAGGGGAAUUGGUGCAUGGUCAAAGAUACACAAUAUGUAUCCAUACGGAGUAUACAGAGAUAAGAUUUGAGGAAUGGACACAGGUCCUGCCAGAGUUGAAUACAUGUAGUGAUGGUAUUGUGGUGGAUCUCACUCCUCCUACUGCUAGAGAGGUGUGGAUAGGAAAUGUUCAGGGGACACGAUUCCAGACAUCCACGACCGACAUGUACAUUAAUUGGCAGACAUUUGAUGAUGUAGAGGAAAUGAGCGACAUCACACACUCAUCAGGCAUACAAGAUUACCAACUAGGCAUCGGAACCACCAUAGGGGGAAAUGACGUGGUGGCCUUCCACAGUGUGGGGGUAGUGAAUCAUGUUGUUCUACAUGGUCUGUUUCUACAGAGUGGACACACUUAUUACGCUACAGUCAAAGCUCAAGACUAUGCGGGAAGAAUAACCACAGUGACAUCUGGACCAGUAGGCGUGGAUACAACUCCUCCACAAAAGUCUGAUGAUGCAAUCAAAAUUUCAGGAAGACACAUUGUUUCCAAGUCUGAAAUAGAGGCUUGUUGGAAGAAAGUUUUUGUUGAUCCUGAGAGCACUGUCGAUUACUUUAUGUGGGCAAUUGGUUCACAGCCAGGGUCUGAUGACAUCAUGGCGUUCACAAGAGAAGAGAGCGAGUGUGGAGAGAAUAGUAAACAGAACCCGUUGGACCUGAAAGAGGGUCAUGCUUACUACAUAUCUGUUAAGGCAAUCAACAAAGCAGGCUUGAUGUCUUUGGCCACUUCGUGGGCCUAUACAGUUGAUGUUUCACCUCCAAUAGCCGGACACAUCUAUGAUGGAGUACCAGGAACUGCCCAUGCUGACAUCGACUUCCAGACGGAUAUGUCUGCUUUAAAUGUUUAUUGGGAAGGAAUUUUUGACCCACAUUCAGCCAUUCAAGUGUACUACGUCAGUGUUGGCACCUGUCCAAAUUGUGAUGAUGUUGUUAGCAGACAAGCUUUAGGAAUAGUGAAUUCAUUUAGGCUGGAGCAGGUUCACUUUGGUGCUGGUUUGACUUAUUAUACCUCACUGACAGCAUGUAAUACUGCAGAAUUGUGUACAACUGUGCUGACUGAUGGGGUCAUCAUGGACAAUAGUCCACCCAGUUUUGGUUUGGUGAUGGAUGGCACAAGAGAUCGUGAUACUGAAUAUCAGUCCAUCAGAACUUACAUCGGAGUUAAGUGGCAGGGUUUUGUGGAUCCCCAGUCUGGACUUGACCACUAUGUUUGGUGGGCAGGAACUUCCCCCGGAGGAAAUGAUAUCCUGUCAGAAAGGAAAGUUCAUCUUACUAUGACUGCGAUGGCUUUCAAUAUGUCUUCAGAACUUCCGGUUGGCAAGCGUAUUUAUGUUACUGUCAGGGCAUACAACAAAGCUGGUUUAUUUACUGAUUCGACGUCCAACGGAUUCCUGGUAGACACCACUGCCCCUGUCAUCUCUAAUGGUCCAAAGUUUGCGUCAGCGUUCAGUCUUGUACAGGAUACUCAAUUCUACAGGACUCUGAUGAAAGUGGAGUGGUCCGUUAAUGAUGCUGACUCACACAUAGAGAGACAGUAUCUCUCUGUUAAGUCUCACAUUGGAGGAGAGUUUGACUUGGCAUCCACCAAGGUGAAUGGGAUUGCCAGAGAUUUCAUUCUGACUGGUCUAAAAUUACAUGAUGGUGUGACGUACUAUGUCACCUUGAUUUCCUGUAACGGUGCUCAGAUCUGCACGACUGCGACCACUAAAGGCACAAUGGUAGACUCGACCCCGCCAUCCAGAGGAAUGUUUGCUGUUAAAACUGAUCAUGCAGCCAAUUUAACAAGACACAGUGAAAGCUGGAUGACAUGGGAGAAAACGGCCAUUAAUUUGGCUUGGUUAGGUUUUGCUGACCUUCACUCUAAGAUUUCCCACUACUUUAUCAAUGUGGGAUCAACUUUCAUGGGAAAUGACCUGAAUGAGGAGCCAGGCCAGGAAACUAGAGUACAAUACACCAGCUCUGGAGAUGAUAAAUAUGAUGAGGGCAUCGUGCAGACAUCUAAAGUGAAGACCAGCAGCUAUGAUGCCAAUCAGAAGUACCUAUAUGUCAGCAUGUGGGCGGUAAACAAGGUUGGAUUGAGCAGUGCAAUCAUCCACUCCCAGUUUGAGAAAAUCCCAGGAGGAGACAUGCAUUUGAUUCGUCGAUGUGAAGCUGUGACCUGUGAGGGUCAUUGUGUCUGUGCCCCACAGGACAAAGUCUGUCACCUCCCACAAACAGCUUGCAAGGACAUAUCUUCAAAUAAUGGAAACAACAUCUUACAAGUGUAUGAUGUGGCUGGUAGUGGAACGGAUGACGUUGAUUACACUCCAUCUAACGUAGUGCUACAGGGGCACUGGGUCAUCGUCAACAAUUUUGGGAGCGGUCCAAAGUGGUACCAAUGGAGUGUAGGGUACACAGAAAAAUCAACCCCAGAGGGAAUUUUUAAUCAGGCAACUGAAAGAAUAUGGCAUGAUGCUGCACGAAAUAUGAAACAAAUAUAUCAGACAGAACAUGGUAUUUAUCUAAAAGGAACAGUCAAGUAUUCGUUCUUCUUGAAAGUUUGGUACGAUGAAAAUACUUACGCAGUGUUUAAAUCUGAUGGCGUCACUAUUGCAAUUCAGAAACCUGCAGUAACAAACAUAAGAGGCAGUGCGGUUCGAGAGAAGAUGUUAGGAAGCAACUUUGUUGAUCAAGAUUUCAUGAAGGGGGGCUUUCCUUUCACGGUGGAGUGGAAGAAUAAAUUUCUGGAUGCUGAGAAUGCAAUUAAGACAUUCCGACUGUAUAUCAGCUCAUACCCUGGAGGUCAUGACAUUAUGGACACUGGUGAAGACCUGAAAGGUACUCAGACGUCAUUCGACAUUAUGCGAUCCUCUAAUCUGCUGCCAGGUAUCACAUACUACAGUAAUGUCCUGGCCUAUGGAUUCUCAGAUAUUCAUCACACAGAAUCAUCUGACGGCUUCAAACCAGACAAGACCAAGCCUGUGGAGGGAAUUGUGUUUGAUGGAAUAGGUUUACACGACUUGGAGUUCCAAAACAAGUCAGAUGUAGUUGCUGCACACUGGCAUGGAUUCUCGGACAUUGGUUCCGGAGUAAAACUGUACAACUGGUGUGUUGGAUCCACCCGUGAUAUUGCCAAGAAGCAUGAUGAUGUGGAGUGUAGAUAUCGUGGUUGGGAAGCUGUAGGAUUACAUACAUCGGUGUCUAGAAUAUUGGAGACUUCAUUAAAUCAGAGUCAGAUUUACUACAAUAAAGUAUAUGCUGUUGAUAAUGUUGGUUACAAAUCAAGUGUCGUUGUGUCUGAUGGUGUGACCCUUGACCUUACCCCACCAGAACCUGAAUAUCUUUUACACAGUGGAAGCAACAUUUUGUCCAAUCCAUCUUUUGAAAUAGCUUCAAAUGUGUUGCAGUCAUCAGCUGUCAAUACAACUGACAUCUGCAACAUCACUGUGGACUAUCAACCCAACAGUUGGAAUUUAUCCUACUCAGGAUGUGUGGCAGUUGUUUCCUCUGGGAAGAAUUUGGCUAGGGACGGACGGUCAUUUUUAUUUAUCAGGGGAAGUGUGACCCAAUUUCUUAAUGGAUUGGUGGUUGGUGGACUAUAUAGAGUAAGCUUUUUCUCCAGCCAUCUUUCCAUUAGCAGUUCCACACAGUCAAACAAAGAAGGUUUCAUACAACUUGGAGACAAGAAGCACGUUUUCCUCAUCUACACCAAGGCUUACAGAGGGGAUGGCAAUGAAAACUCUCAAGCUAGGGAGGAAGUUUCAUGGCACAAACAUACGUUUUAUUUUACGGCAAUGAAAACAUCUACUAACUUUGAAAUAGGCAGUGUUGAUGACAAGACUGGAAUAUUUGUAGACUAUAUAGCAUUUGAGCAUGUAACGAGGGACAAGAACAAUGGAACAAGUGGUUUACAGGUGCAAGCCCAUGUGGUUUCUUUACAUGAAUGGGGCUCAAUCCAUGGUUCCUGGAGCUUUGUGGAAGAUGUAAGCUCCAUCACGGAGUAUCUGUGGGCUAUAGGUUUCACACGAGGAGGAACGCAGCUACAGAACUUUCAGAGUGUGGGACUGUCAAACUUUGCCUUUAAUUCCAAAGUAACCUUGACGCAUAACUCCUAUAUUUACGUCACAUCUGUAGCCAAAAAUUCUGUUGGUUUACAAGGUGUUUCGUACUCCGAUAAAAUUCUAGUGGACCUUACCCCACCCGUCAUCGAGGAAGUUUUAGAUGGAGACUUCCUAGGAGACGAUCUCGAUUCUUGGAAAGAAAACACAGUCUACGUAAAUUGGAAAGUUACUGAUGCUGAAUCUGGAUUGGAUUAUUGUGAAUGGGCAAUAGGAUAUCAACCAAAAGGCAUUGAAGUUCAGAGUUUUGAGAAAAUUAAGAUUGGAGACAGAAGGGCUUUCAAAGAUUUUGAUGCAAGCAUACUUCAGGGAAAGACGGUGUACUCAACAAUACAGUGUGAGAAUAAGGCGGGACUUCUAGCCAGUGCAUCUUCUGAUGGCGUGACAAUUUAUGAUCAGCCACCUUCCAUGGCCUCCGCUGUUGUAAGGACACUGCCAUUGUCUGUAACAGAGUACCCGGCCCUGGACUUCUAUCAGAGUGUUACUAACAAUCUAAGGAUUGUUUGGAGUGGAGUGGAGGACAAGAUUGGUGUACAGCAGUACAAAAUUUCUGUAAAGAGCAACAAGUACAAUUUGGAUGACGAAGGGCUCUUAUUGUCUGAUUCACAAGAGGUGGUUUUCGCUAGUGUGGGAAAUGUGGAUCUGGGUACUGGAGAAGUAAACGUUACUCUUCAAGCCAUCAACAAACUCUUAGAGCGAAGCAGGCCUCUCCUCUACAACCUUACUGUAGACACUGCUAAGCCAGUCAAAGAUGCAUCCAAACAACUAUCUGUUACAUGGCAUAAUAGUAACAAGGAAUUUGUUGUGUCGUGGGAUGGAAUAUUUAGCUCCCAGCAUCCUUUGCGAUUUGAAGUGUCAGCUGGGACCUCAUUAGGCGGUAGUAACAUCAUUCAGUGGCAGGAGACACGUGCUACCAGUAUUACAUUCAGCAUGCCAGGAUCUGUUACCAGCACUUCGCGACUUAAGGUCUACAUGAUUGUCCGUGCCAUAGCAGCGGGUGGGGACUACGAGGAUAUACAAGGCUCCAUCAUCCUACCAGCAUAGUGAUUUUCCAAUGAGAAAAAAAAUCUUAUAUCUAAAGAUGGAUUUCUAUCAUGCAUGAUUAAGACUGUUAGGAAAUCAAUGUACUUGGAUUAUACACAUGGAAAUUAUUUUUAGGGGAGGGGUGACAAUUGUAUUCACACAAAAAUAUGUCGAAACAUCGGUACAGAGAUUAAUAUUAUCUCAGGUAAUUUAAUUUUAGAAUUAGUGAGAAACCUCAUUUAUACAUUUUACUUUACCUGGGCCAAAGGUUCAAGUGAGGUUUUCUGAUUGAAAUUUGUUCAUUGUCUGUCGCCCUUGUCGUCAUUGUAAACUUUCCACAACUUCUUAUUUCCAGAACCCCUAGGUCAAUUUGAACUAAAUUCGCAUGUAGCCAUGGAUGAAAGGGAUUCAUGUUUCCUCCUUUCAAGACGAGAUAAUCAAGACACGGCAAAAACUAGGGUGGAUGUCAUGUAAAAAUCUUAUUUCACAACCACCAAGCAGAAAAGAUAUAACUCUCUGACAUAGUGAAAAUCCAAGUUUUUCCAAAUAAAUAGUCUACUCCCUUCGGGUUAGGGUGGGACUACAAUAGGAAAUUUAAGUUUUAGUUUCCGAGGGUCUCUACAGCCCAGUAGCUAAGUACUUCGUUACUAGCUUGCAAAUACGGAUGUAUAUUUAAUUGCUGUUAUAAAAUUUAGAAAUUAAUUUCAAAAUUAAGGAUUAUCUCCCUCACGCAUAGCUCUUAUCCUUAGAUGAAUUUGACUCCACUUUUUUAGCACACUGUUUUUAACUGUAAUAGCUCUAAAACUUCAUUGUUAUUUCGGAUUUCAAACAUUUCGGUUGAGAAUCACUGAAGAUACAUUAUUUGUCGAAAUGCGCAUCUGAUGCAUCAAAAUUGGUAUCGUAUAAGUUUUACAUUGGGAUAUAUAGUAAAAAUCUUUUAAAAUGUUCUCCUAAAAAUAAUAGGGUCAAUCAUUUUUAGUCAUAUUAAUAUGCACCCACAAACAGUAUAGAGUCAUGUUUGUUUUUCAAACUAUGGCUGCAGAGAGUACAUUAUAAUCAGGGAAACAUCAAAAUUAUAUGGAAACAUCCCAGAAAUAAAAGGAUUCAUUCUGUCUUCCAAUUCUAGACCCAGGGGUAAGAAUCUUUCAAAUUCAUCCUCUGAAAAACAGCAGCACCAAGACAAUUUAGGUGAGCACUGUGGUCCAUGGGCCUCUGUUGAUAAUUCUAUUUAUGGUUAAUGUGCAAAAAUUUAUUACAAAUACAUUGCAUUAUGUCAACAGUAAGACCCAAACUACAGAUUUAAUGAAAAAGAUUGUUUCUAAAUGCACUAACAAAAUGAAUGUAUAUAUUUAUUCCUCUAGAAAUAAUGAACCAAAAUCACCCAUUAUAUUAUACAACCUUUCUCUUUUUCUUAUAUGAUAGAACAGCUUUGUAAUGUUAUGCAUUUAAUAUAAAUGUAGGUAUGAAAACUUAUUUGUUGAUAAUCCGUCCACGAAUGCCAUGGUUCUCUAUGUAUGAUGAGAUUGUCUUUUACACUUGAGGCGAAUUCAGAGUACAUAUAUUUAAAUAUUUUACUUUUCAUGUCUACUGCACAAUUAGGGAUGGUUUGAAAGUUAUGCCCAGAUGAAAUGUAAAACAAAACAAAUAGCCAAAGCUCAAUAUGUUCAAAAUUUUCAGAAUGAAACUUUAUGAGCUAUUGCGAAUAUAUUAAACAGGUAUUACUCUUUGGCCAAUCUUCCUCUAGCUAUAGCAUGCUAUAGAAUGCUACAUGCAAUCUGCAUUUCAUUUUUUACUUGCUUGGUAAUUGGUCUCACGUCACAUGGUAUUAUGUUCUUGUUCGUUCCCUCUUGUGUAGGUAUGAAAUAAAUUUGAUUUGUAUCAACCGUAAACAUAACGUAAAUGUUACAAAUUAUUUGAUUCGUCAUAAAUAUAGAAUUGAUUCCCACAUAGUUUGUUUUUACAGAUGUCAUGAAAAGGUUUAUUUUUAUAAAAUAUUAUUGAAUUGCUCAGAAAACUAAGAGACUAACACGCUACUGUUUUAUCAGAUUACUUGGUGUAUUAGAGUCAAAGACGAUUCAGACCGUCUGGUUUAUGAAGAUUAGCCAAUAAUACAAUGGAAGCAUUGUAAUUUGUGGCAACCAUUUGUGCCUUGCCACGAGUUUAUAAUUUUGUAGGUGUGUAAUUUCAUCUAUAUGGGUUAUGUACAUUGACAAGUCUUGUAUUUCAUGGAGCUAAUCAAGUCAUCCAAGAAUACUUGGCCCCAUGAAGUAUAAGAAUUCCACGGUAUCUUCAAAGACGAGAAGUGUUUGAUGAUGAAAAUUACAUUGCCGUCCAUCAAAUAUAUGAUGCUUGGUCCCAAUUACUUCCAUCAAGCAUAAUUGAUAUGAAACUUCUGAAAUCCCGUCAUCUUUAUAUCUGUGAUAUCUUCAAGACAUUUAUCUUGUGUGAAAUUGUUUUCUAGACUUGUUACAUUUUUUAAUAAUAAAUCAUGAAAUACUUGCUCAAA